AGAAGCUGUUACCAGUACAGACUGAGAGGUUCAGUUUUAAAAGUUGUUUUAUUUUAGUACAUUGAAAUCUGAUGUAUAUGAACACAGCAGCCUUCACUGGACAUUGAAAUAAGAUCAGAAGAACCAUGAAGCUGGAGCUUCCAGAAACCUUUGAAGAUGUUGCUGUUGACUUCUCAGUGGAGGAAUGGAAAAUGCUGAGCAAAGAGGAGAAACAGCUGCACCGGGAAGUGAUGGUACAGAACUUUGAGAACAUGAUCUCAUUAGGAUUUAAUAUCUCAGUGGAACAGCUGCUGCUGCUAAUUGAAAAACCCAACGAACUUCCAUUUAAUAUCAAAGAAGACAUAACUGGUGUUCGUCUAGGUCUUCCUGGAUUCACCUCAGCUAUCAGCAGGUAUUCGAGUCACAGUGAGAUUCAGAGUCAACAGUUGUCAGUUCAAGGUCAUUGCAAUUCUAAAUUUGAUAAGAGCAUUACAGACAACACACAAGCAAACAAUGAAUCAAGACCAUGUGACAGUGCCACAUAUCACAGCAGUUUUACGUUGAAAUCUACCACUAAACUGCUUCACCGAAGCCAAAAUGGAGAGAAACUCUAUGAACAUUUUACAAGUAAAAGUUUUAUACAGAAGGUGGCCCAAUUAACACAUGAAGAAAUGCACACUGGAGAAAAGUCUCAUAAGUGUGAUGGAUGUGACAAGUCUUUCUCACAAAAGAGUGAACUCUCACUCCACCAGAAAAUUCACACUAGAGGAAAACAAUAUAAAUGUGCAACUUGUGGCAGGAGUUUUACACAGAAAACUGCCCUUUUAAAACAUGAGAAUGUACACACUGGAGAAAAGCUGCAUACGUGUGCCACUUGUGGCAAGAGCUUUACACGAAAGGCUUCACUUUCAGUACAUGUGAAAAUACACAGUGGAGAAAGGCCACAUAAGUGUGCCACUUGUGGCAAGGGUUUUACACAAAAGACUGCACUUUCAGCUCAUGAAAAAAUACACACUGGAGAGAAACCUUAUAAAUGCACUUCAUGUGGCAAGAGUUUUAGAAAGAAGGUUCACCUUUCUACACACGAGAAAAUACAUACAGGUGAAAAGCCAUAUACAUGUGCCAGUUGUGGCAAGAGUUUUACACAGAAAAUUUCCCUUUCUAUACAUGAAAAAAUACAUACCGGAGAUGAGCCAUAUAAAUGUUCCACUUGUGACAAGAGUUUUUCACUAAAGGUUAGCCUUUCAAAACAUGAGAAAAUGCACACAGGAGAAAAGCCAUAUACAUGCAUCACAUGUGGCAAGAGUUUUACAACAAAGACUUACUUUUCAGCUCACGAGAAAAUACACACUGGAGAAAAGAUGUAUAAAUGUGUAGUGUGUGACAAGAGUUUUGCAUUGAAGACCACCCUUUCAUACCAUGAAAAAAUCCACAGUGGAGACAAACCAUACAAAUGUUCCACUUGUGACAGGAGUUUUACAUACAAGAAUAUUCUUUUGAUCCAUGAGAAAACACAUACUGGAGAGAAGCCAUAUACGUGCAUCACAUGUGGCAAGAGUUUUACAACAAAGACUUACUUUUUAACACAUCAGAAGAUACAUACUGGAGAAAAGAAGUAUAAAUGUGCCAUGUGUGACAAGAGUUUUAUAUUGAAGACCACCCUUUCAAACCACGAAAAGGUUCAUAGUGGAGACAAACCAUAUAAAUGUGCCACAUGUGGCAAGAGUUUUACAUACAAGACUGCCCUUUCAAACCAUGAGAAAAUACACACCGGUGAAAAGCCAUAUAAAUGUGUCACAUGCGAUAGAAGUUUUACACGAAAGAGUACCCUUUCAUCACAUGAGAAAAUACACACUGGGGAGAAGCCAUAUGCAUGUAUCACAUGUGGCAAGAGUUUUAUACGGAAGACUCACCUUUCAAUACAUGAAAAAGUGCACACUGGAGAGAAGCCCUACACAUGUAUCACUUGUGGCAAGAGUUUUACACGGAAGACAUACCUUUCAGCCCAUGGCAAAAUACACACAGGAGAAAAGCUGCAUAGGUGUGGUAUAUGUGGAAAAAGAUUUACACUAAAGACUACACUUUCUGUACAUGAGAAGUUACACAGUGGAGAAAAGCCACAUAGGUGUAUAACUUGUGGCAAAAGUUUUGCACAAAAGACUACACUGUCAACCCAUGUGAAAAUACACAUUAGAAAGAGUCAGCAAUACAAAAUAUGAGACUAAAGCUCAAUAAGGAUAAUUUAGAAGGCUAAA